AUGGUGCUCCCGCUCUUGUCUGAUGCCGCUGUCGCUCUCUGGCCUGGCACGUCUAAAGACUUUUUUCUCUUGCAGCUCCUCGACCUGCUGACUCUGGGACUCUGGUCAAAGGUCGGACGGUUGACGCAUUAUGCCUUCGACGCCGUUCUCAUCUCGGCUUUCCUCGCUGGAAUGAAGCGAUCGACCGGUUUGACUUUCAAGACGGACAAGGUCGCUGGCGAGAACAAGGAGGUUUCCGGCUGGAUCACCAAGUACCUGGGAGUUGGUGAAUGGGUCAUGGAUCAGUCUGUCGCCAUUGCCGGCUCGAGCGGCUUCUUUGAGCGAACUCGAUGA